AUGCAUCCCAAGACGCCAUCAGUGACCUGCAUGGUCCUCACAUUCCUCACCUUCUCUUCUCUCACCCUCGCAUAUCCUGUAUCUACAUCGAAGAAGGACGUUGUAUCGAGAGCGGUGAGUUCGAGAUCUCCUGACCCGCGAAUGAUCCCUCAAGCCGAUGCCCCCGCCGACGAGAACAGUGAUCUUAUCGACACCCUUUUUGACUCUAUCGGACUUCAUGACUUGACGAAGCUCAACCACUGGAAGUCAGACAAUGAGCCUGAUAAAUCUGAUCAGCCUGAUGUCAUUGAUGACAGCAACAGCCCUACAAAGACCGUGACUAGCCAAAACAACGAUGUCGAUCAAGAUGAUGACAAGUCGACGGAUAAUGGAAAGGAUGCCAAUAAGGUUGCCGAUGACUCGACCUCCCAUGAUUACGAGAAAGUCUCUGACGACGGCAAUAACAGUAAGGGUAACACCCUUCCGAACCCUGCAUCGGACGCUUCAGGGUUCGCGAAGGCCUUGAUGCAGAAGAUACAGGACGCUGUCAAGGAUGCUCUGGAUAGCAGCGACGAGCACACGCUUCACUGA